GCGUUUUUGCCUAGAAUUGGGAUAGAUUUGACAAUGGUGCAUGUUUCCUAAAUCAAUGGCGACUUCCAUACGAAACACAAAAAUGUUAUUGCGGCGAGCCUUUAGCGUAAAAAGAAAUGAAAUACUAGCUAGAAAUUUGUGCUUUACAAGAACAUUGAACGCGAAUGAAGACCAAGAUGAGUCGAAGAAAGUCGUCGCAGAAAAAAAGAACAAGGCAGAAUUGAAAGAAGCUAAACAAAAAGAAGCUAAAGCUAAAUUAAACAUGUUGUUGGAAUCUAUGAGCAAGACUACACAAAAAGAAUAUCCUACGGAAUCUAAAUUGUCUUUAGCAACACCAAAAAUUAGGGCUAAACCUGCUAAACCUGUUAAACGACAGAUCGUUAACACUAAAAUAGAACCUGAAAUGCUGCAGGCAGUGGAAGAUGUUUCAAAUAUAUUAAGCAGAGAAAAGGAAGCAUUGAAAAACAGUCUAAUUGAGAAACUUGAGGCUGUAGCAGAUGAAAGUGAAAGGGCCAGAUUAGAGCCAUUCAAACCAAACAAACAGAAAACAGAAGAUCUUAACAGUUUAUUGAACACCUUAAAAGUAGAUGCCAAGAAGCCAAAAAACAAACCUCCAGCACCCAAGCUAGCUCCAGUAAAAAUUGAAGAUAUAUAUGGUGCCCAACCAAGUGGGAUAUUUAGUAAAGCGCAUUUCAUAGAAGAAUCUUCGGCAGGUUCCGGGUUGGCGACUUGGGAUACGCUGUAUGAGAAAGAACUUGAACUUGCCGUUACACAUCCGCCUGCCAAUGGUUUCCAGCAAAUGAUCCAAUGGACCAAGCAAGGAAAAGUGUGGCAGUUCCCUAUUGAUAAUGAGCAAGGUUUGGAUGAAGAAGCUCAAGUCGGAUUCCACGAGCAUGUAUUUUUGGAACCCCAUUUGAAGCCAUGGUGUCCAAGGCGAGGACCAGUGCGCCAUUUUAUGGAGCUUGUCGUCGUUGGUUUGAGUAAAAACCCUUACUUAACUGUGGCACAGAAAAAGGAACACAUAAACUGGUUUCGAGACUUUUUCGAAGCCAAACGCAGUAUCCUUAUCGACACUGGAGCAAUCCCUGAUAUAACGACGAAGUCCUCUCCUUCUUUAUCAACCUAAGUGGAUGUGGUUUCCUGGAAUAUAGUCAACGUUUGUGUUACUUAAA